GGUGGUGGGCAGUAUCUGCGAUAAGCAGGAUAAGCUGAUAGGCUUCCGCCGAGUGAUCGGCCGAUCGCGGAUGAUUUGCCGAAGAUAGUGGUGGCGUGCGCGAGCACCCACCGUCAGCAGGGUUAACGCAACGAGAGAGAGAGAGAGAGAGGAGGAGGGUUGACGGACGGUGGUGUUCUGUGGUGCGGUGAUCCCGGUGAAGGAGAGAGAGAGAGAGAAAGGGGAGAGGAGAAGGAGAGAGAGAGAGAGCGAGAAAGAAAGAUCCUGUGCUCCGAUGUGAACUUGCUUCUCUCGUCGACUACCGGGGAGGCGAAUAAUUUCAGUGACGGCCGAUUCGCACGGUAGCACGUACCGUGUCGGCCGAUCGUCGUCCACUGGGAGAGUGCAGAGGCGUUUUCAUGGCGCGAGGCGAUACGGCAGAUAUCGUGCGUGCGCCCUCAGCAACGUACGGGACGGAACGAGCGACGUGAGAGGUCCACCGCAGGAGAGCGAGCGAGCGAGCGAACGAACAACGAGCAGGCAGGAGCAUCGCCCGAGAAAAACACACGACGGCAACGCACACGCACGCACCCGAGUGCGUCACCGCCCAUAUGUGAUGUAUCCCGUGCGUGCGAGCGAAUGAGUAAUCAUGUACUGUCAAGACAAGGGUUCGACCGCCUCCAAGAGCAAAGAGGGGCCUGUAACAAUGCGAGAAAAGAAAGGUGGUGCUCUCAGUAGAGUGCAAAAGCUAAAAAAACGCCUUAGUCACAGUUUUGGACGACUUUCUAUAUCAAAAGAAGAGGCUGAUGACACAGCAACCAGAGGCCAGUUGCCGUACAAUGGCUAUUCUGAGGAGUUCCUAGAUCGCUUGGAACCUAAUGGCAACAUACCGGUGGAUAAAGAUCGCCGCUAUGAAUGGACAGGUGUCGGCGACCACGAGAGAGUGCAUCGGCAGCUUUCAGUUUCUAGCGAUUCCAAGCUUCUCGACGAAGACAUACGGGAAGAAGCUAGGGUAAUCCUACGGCCUCGACGCCCGCCGCGGCCAAAAUCGGAGGUUUUUCUCGGACCGGACCCACCAUCUAGAAGAACUAAAAGAUUCUCCGCCUUUGGGGGAGAUUCGCCGUUUGGUAAAUCCGAGGCUUAUAUAAAGUUGGAGCAAUUGGGAGAGGGAUCAUACGCCACAGUGUUCAGAGGCUACAGUCAUCUUACCAGUCAGACGGUGGCUCUUAAAGAAAUUAGACUACAAGAGGAGGAGGGAACACCGUUUACUGCCAUUCGAGAGGCAAGUCUCCUGAAGGAGCUGAAACAUAGCAAUAUCGUAACCCUGCACGAUAUCAUUCAUACCCGCGAGACGCUCACCUUCGUAUUCGAGUACGUUCAUACCGAUCUCUCGCAAUACAUGGAGAAACAUGGAACCGGUAACGGGGGGCUGGAUCCGCGCAACGUCAAGUUGUUUCUCUUUCAACUGCUGAGAGGGCUGGCGUACUGCCAUCGCAGGAGGGUUCUGCACAGAGACGUGAAGCCGCAGAAUUUAUUAAUCAGCGAGAUAGGAGAGCUGAAAUUGGCAGACUUUGGGCUGGCAAGGGCCAAAUCCGUGCCAUCGCAUACAUACUCAAACGAAGUCGUGACCCUAUGGUACAGACCGCCCGACGUUCUUUUAGGUUCCACAGAGUACUCCACCUCGCUCGACAUGUGGGGAGUAGGUUGUAUAUUUGUGGAGAUGUUAACCGGCGAACCGACAUUCCCAGGUGUACGCUGCACGUACGACCAACUCGAUAAGAUAUUUAAAGUGCUGGGCACACCCACCGAGGAGACCUGGCCCGGUGUCACGCAUCUGCCCGCGUACAAAGCACACAGACUGUUAUUUUAUCCGCCGCGGAAGUUGGGGCUCUCGUUUCCGCGGCUCUACGACAUCGCCGACGGCGAUAGUAUGGCGUCGUCGCUCCUGCAGCUGAAUCCCGAUCAGCGGAUAGGAGCCGAAGAGGCAUUACAACACCCCUACUUUGCCUCUCUCCCUAGGAAACUAUAUGAAUUACCUGACGAAGUGUCUAUAUUCAGCGUAGAAGGUUGUCACUUGUAUACAAAUUCGAGGCACGGGUGCGCGGACUCGCGUCACACGGCUCUCAAGACUUGAGGUUAAAGCAAACGCUAAAGAAGUAAAUUAUAAGUAAAUUCUCACCGCAUCGUUGAGUGAAGAACGUUCAUUCUCAUGAGAUUCAUAUGUCGGACACACCUAUACACGUACACCUACACGACGAAUGGACAUACAUACAUACAUAUAGGCGCACAUGCACUAUAUUCCCAGGCGCGUUGUCGCUCUCUCUCAGGGCUGCUCCACGAUACUCCCCGCUCCCGCCGGCUGUUCUUUUCACACGUGACAACCGCAUUCUUUUCUCCUUCCUUUCGCUCUUCUUUUUGAGGACACACGUAUCGAGUAAAUUAAUUAUUAAUAACGAAGAUAAGUCGUAACAGGCCAAGGAAACCAGAGAAAGUAAAGCUUACGGCUAAAAGUUUUUAAAAAAAAGGAGAUUAUAAGGACUCGCGCACGCUCGACUUAGGAGGCAAAAGCACGCACGACCCAUCCUCGCACUUCGUCCAAAUACUAGAUUUAGAUCGAUACCAAUCAAAAGGAAGAAAAAAACGAAUGUACCAUACCGCCGCCCUACACUCUCCCGUUCCCAGCCCAAGCCAAGUAGGGCGGGCGGCUGCUGGUUAGCAAAACUAUUACGAAGUAAAUAUUACGUAUCUUAGAAAAAUUGUGGAAGACCUGUAGCACUCUAUAUAAACGAACUUUAUUGCUGUUUUUGGACAUGAUGUUGGUCGCUGGGACAGUUGAAAAUAUUGAUAGAUGAAUAGAAAAAAAGAGUCAUUGUUCGAGUUAAAUUAACUGUUAGGCAUCAUCCUAGCGGCUAGGUAGGAGCGUAGUAAUAAAAGAAACAAAAAACUGAUGCAUCAGUAUUAGUCAAAUGCCGUAGCCGCCAACAUCGCAAGACACAGCGAGAGAAACUAACUGAAUGCUCAUCGUUGAUAGUACCGAUGGUAGUAAUUUAGAUGUAAGUGAUUAGCGUUAAAUCGUAUUUAAUAUUGAUCCGAAGUUUAUCGGCAGAGUCGCAGUGUAGUGUAAUGAUAGCGAAUCGAAAGAAAACGAGAGAGAGGGAGAGGUGGUGUAAUGUGGUAGCGAUUUUAAACUUGUCGAAAUUUCAUUUGUUCAAUUUACUGAUAAUUAUUAUCAACAUUAGCCAAAUGGUGCUCGAAUUGUAAACUAUGACGUGUUUAAUCGACCUUGUACUCGUGGUAUAAUCAUUUAACGAGUAUCCGUUCGAUUUUCUAAAAAAAGUACUACCGAAUAAAAUAGCGUUGGCAAUAGUAGAAAUAGGGGCACGCAAAAGAAAACGGCGUUACAGUUCUUCCAAAUUUUGUCUAAGCUAAAAUUGAUGAUUAUUGCGGUAUAAUAUUACUCCUUUUUGUAGGUUUACAUUUGUACCGAUUUUUCAGCACACUUACUAAGAAAACAAAAAUAUAUCAACAAGGUGAAAGUAAAGGAAAGGAGAGGAAAUUUCAAAAAGAGAUUUGAGAGACGCGUUAUUACUAUUAAUACCGAUUAUUGCGUUUUUAUUUCAUUGAAAAAGACGCACAGACGGUUUGUACAUAGAAUUAUUAUCUGGCUCGUAUUAUCCGCGACACUCAGAUAAUCGAACCGAGAUAAUAAAUGUGACUUUGUAAUAAAUUCAAAUCGUACGAUUAAUCUGGAACUUCAUUCUUAACCCGGCAGUGGUAAAUUACAAAGAUGAAAGAAACAUACUAAAAAAAAUUAUAUUUUAAAUAUAAACUCUAUAUAAUUAUGUCACAAAAAUAUGCGUUCGAAUUACUUACCAAAAUACUUCUGAAAUGCUGUACGGAAUUGUAUGUUUCACCUAUACGUAUAUAAGGCACGCUUAAAACUUCACUUUUACGUGUGAUAAAUACAACAUGUCGAUAAUAUGACAAUAUCGAUAACAGUAAUUUUUUUUCGACAAAGAAAAAAACGUGGAUAAACUACUGGUAAAUGACAACGAAAGUACACAUUCAGAACUUAAGGAGUGAUAACAACCUAAGUGUGCGUAUGCGUGUAAUAUAAAGUACGUAAAAAUCAUUUUUCUUAUAAUUGUGAUGAUAAUUAUCUUCUCAUGUAAUUUACAUUGUAAAAAAAGCUUUUUUUACUGUAAAUGGGUUGCAGUGCCAACACGUUCAUUAUUUUGAUGCUACUACUGUGUUACCAUUUGCAAUGUCAAAGUUAAGUAUACAUGCUACGUUACGUUGCUUAGAUAUUUAAAUAAGAUCCUUCACGUCUCUUGUUCCACUGUUUCGUGAAGAAAGAGCAUUUACAAAGUGAAUUAUAGGUAGAGUAUAAUAUUACAAUAAGUAUUAAUUGUUCUCUUUAGACGUAAAACGGUGGUGCUAAAAUUUUUUACUCUAAUGCAAAAUUGUAGGAAUUUUAUCUCAUCCUAUGGAUGGUAACUUUGGAAUCUUAUUCCUGAAAAGAAAUAUUCAUAUAUUUACUCGUAUACAUAUUGACGUGUAAACAUGAAUCGGUUUACAUUGAUUUUAAAAUAAAUGCAGAAGGAAUUAAAGAGAUAACAUUUCCUUUUUCACAUUACGAAUCAACUUUAAAGACAUUCUACAUUUAAAUAGUCGCACACGAAUAUUCUUUUAAUUAAAUAUUCUGUUAUUAAAAAUCUCCUUUAAUAACUUAAACCAGUCUAUUAUUUCCUGGCAUAUUUUUAUACCAAAAACGUACGCGUUACGCAAAAUUAUGGAAAUAGUUCAAAAGUAUUUUUUAAAUACAAGAAGAUACAAACUAUAACAUUACUGCAGAUCACAGUAGAAACGCAAACCAAAUCAAAAUGAAAAGAAUAUUGAUUUUGUAAUCCUACAAUAUUUAUCAGAAUAUUGUAACUUUCUAAUGUCAGAAAUUCCAAUGAUAUUAAUCUAAUAUAUGACAUAACGAAAUUUGUUGGAUUCCAAACGCAUUUAUCUCUUCUUAAAACGUAUUCUGUUUUAUUUCUCAAUUAAUAUUUCCCGAUAUACAAUUUUUCGAGAAUAACGCGUCCAGCUUUUACAAAGAACUAACAAAAUUUAUAUGGGUUUUUGAGGUGUUUCCACGAUAUAGUUACAUGACGAACACAAAUUUUGACAUCCUACCACUGCCGAGUUAAGUAUCAUACAUGACCGGUACCGUCUGCAAUCUUUUAUUUUCAGAAAUACAGUAACGAAAAGUGUUAUAUUUUUAAAUAUGUACUUAUAAUGUUCAAAUAUAUCAAUUUUGUACGUGCGUUCCUUCCAAUUUAAGUGUGUAGAUAUUUUAUUUGUAAAUUUUUUAUAUGGAAUCGCGUGUAUUCAAGCCACUUACAAAAUUAUGUAAGGAAAGAGAUAAAAGAACAAAAAUAAAAAUUAUGUUUUUACAUUUUGCGUUCGAAGGUGAAACACUGCGUCGUUGCGAAUAUGUGGUAUUGCAUAUGUCCAACGUUUAGACCGAUUGAUCGAUUCCGGAUGCAUUCGGAACCAUCGAGUUGAACGUAUUGUGCCUGUGCUACAAAUAUUUAAAAUAAAGAUACAACUCGCUAUUA